AUGCUUACAUGCAAUCCGGAAACAUUCCACAAGGUAGAGGCUACAAUAGCCAUUUUACGUGAUCUUAUUAUCUUCUUCUUAUUCUCACUUUACUUAAAAGAAUUUUCAAACUUUUCGAAGAGCCUUGCCCAGGAUGGAGCCUCUCCAGAAAAAAUUACUCUUUAUCUGUAUCACGCCGCUCAUCGUUUCUCUCAUUAUUCGUCCAUAAGUAUUGGAAUUUACACUUAUGGAUUUAUCCACCAAAUCAUGACAAGAGAAGUGAUUUGGCUACAACUUAAUUUAAUCAUAUACCUAAUAGAAAUACUCAUAACUGAAAUUGUUCCAAUUGGUUCUAUUGGCAUUACAAGACUCACAGGAUCAAUGCAGAAAACUGCAAAGAGUGAGGAUGUAGCACAGUUCCUUGCUAUUAGUUAA